AUGGAUACCACCUUGACGCUGUACGAUGCCCCGGCUCCAAACCCCUACGUCGUCCGGCUAUUUAUCCUGGAGCGUGGCGGACUCGACAUCGACGUCAACUCAAUUGAUAUAAUGAAACUCGAGAACCGAAGACUAGAAUAUCGCACCAAGGUUAACCCCCGCGGCGAACUACCCGCGCUGCGCAUCGGCAACGACUUUACUCUCACCGAAAUCACCGCAAUCUGCGAGUACCUUGACGAAGUUGCCACAGGAGGCAAGUCACUUUUCGGAGAGACCGCCCUCGAGCGCGCUGAGACGCGAAUGUGGCUUCGACGAAUGGAUCUGGAGAUCGCCCAGCCGUUGAUCGCGUGGUUCCGCAACGACCCUGCCACCAUUGACUUCUACAAGGGCAAUCGUAUCCCCUGUCCCAAGGCUCGCGUUACCCAGAAAGUGAUGAUCAAUCAAUUCUUGAACCUGCUUGAUGAUGAGCUCGAGGGGAAGACUUAUCUGUGCGGGGAUCGGUUCUCGGCCGCUGAUAUCCAUUUCUAUGGGUUGAUGAAACAGAUGGUCGAGCAGGUUGCGCCCUGGGUACUUUCUCCUGGACGUUUGAAUGUGGAGGCCUACUGGAAGAGAAUGGGGGAGCGGGAGAAGAGUAAGGCUGCCGUGGCUCCGUUUGAUAGUCGGGUUACUUUGGCUUAA